AACCAGCAGACAAACAUAUUCUUGGAACCACUCACUACAUACAGAUCAGCCCCUGGUCAUCGUUCCUCCCACUCCUUUCAACUCAAGUUCCUACCUGCGCCCGAACACGCUCUACACAUCCUUGGGAAUUCUAGGCUCGAGUUGAAUUCUUUUUAGUCAUUUAUUAUUGUACAAGAGAAAGAGAAACCCGUGGUCCAAUCGCGACAAGAAAACCUUAAGGUGACCAAGUUGUAGUUGGAUUCAUCGCUGUAAGACCAGGCCCUUCCUUCAGCAGCGCGGAUCAUCGUUUAUUUCAAAUAUCACUUCCACAAAACAGAAUGUCUUCCAGUUCAGGGUCUCAACUUCCGUCUCGCCGUGGUUCUUCACUUAAUCUUGCCACCCCCGCCCAUCGAUCCCAAGGCACUCUCUGCUUACCACGCCCAGUUGCAAUGCGCCAAACCAGUGAUCGUGGAGUGCAGCCAGACCUCAGCCGCCACCUCAUACGCGGCCAUCCUCGUGUUUCGCAUGCAAGUAACGCGACUGGUGAUGGGAUCCAACCUGGCCGACACAAGAUGGCCAACUAUGGUCAGAUUGAAAGACGCCUCGCUAGAACCCAACGCGUCCAGGAGUCAAGUCCUCUUAACCAUCCCAAGCGACAUCGCAUUCCACCUUGCCUACAGCACGAACGGCGACAAAUUUCGACUAUCCAACUAGAGCGGACUCCAGCUUCGGAAUCGAAAUUCAAGACCAAGGGGAUCUCUCCCUAUAUUCCAAGACAUUCUCGCACUCCCUUGUCUCCCUGUCUGUCGCCCCCCUCAAGAAUUAUCUCUUCAAUCUCCCGAUCAGGUCCUGGAGGGUGCACCAAAAUCCUCUCCAAGAUUCGUCUUCCACUCGUCAUCACUCAUCCAGUGAUUAAUCCGAACGAUCACCAUAAUCAAAACUUACAGCCGAAGGUUUACGACUUAUCCCCGUCCUGGUGCUCACCCAAUCUCCAAAAGUCAGCUCAUAGAUAUAUCAUGUCUCAGGGCGAGGAUCGAAAUCCGGAUAACGAAAUACUGGCGGGAUUCUUGAAAAACAAUGGGGGUUAUUUAGAUGACAGCGAUGACGAGGAAGAAGAAGAAGAAGAAGCGCAAGGAUAUAGGUCCGGAAAUACGAUGCUAUCCACCGUCAAGUUCCUCAGAAGAAAGAUCCCAUACCCAUUUGAAUUUCGCGCUCCCAGCUGUCAACCAUCGUCCUUUCGCUCGUAUUCCAGCUCCGCAUCUUGCAGUCACUCCACUCAAGCUGGCUCUUCCAAUUCACGAUCGACCAUCUCUUUUUCAAAUCAGUCUUACGCCAAUCGAAUCCAUAAACCCCCUUCGACGUACGGUCGAUGUGACCCUCGAUUCGGCUGCUGAGAAGGAUGAGAACCAACACACUACUUUCAUGUUACCAUAAUUCUGUCCCUUAAAAAUUUUAUUCAAAAAAACUAGUUGUUCAAUCUUUGCAUGUUGCCAAUCAUUAUAUUUAAUUCUCUUAAUCAGUCCUACCAAAAUUCAUCUGGCAAUCCGAAAAAAAAAGUAUUUAAUGCUGCUCGCGCUUCCCUUCAUUCGUGUCUUGAAAUGUUCUUUUUUUUUUUGGUUUCUUGUGAUUUAUCUACAAACAGAUCCAACCGAUGUUUUUAUAAUCUAUUUUUAAUUGCAUGCAAAAACAAACUAUGGAAAGAUCCAUUGUGAAGCUUA